AUGGUUCGCCCUAGUCCCUUACUUCUCGUGCCACUGGCGCUAUCCGCCAGUUCAUAUGUUUUGCACCCACGGCCCGGUGUGGCCGCAAGGGAACAUGCUGCCCUACAAGGCGGCAGCGUGGCUGUUGACUACGGAGUGUCUCAUGCCGUGAGCAAAAGGCAGGCACCUGCAGCUGGCUCUUACUGGAUGGAGUCGAUCGACCACCAGGGUGUCGCACCAUAUGCCCCGGAUGGUUACCAGGUUUUUCGGAACGUGAAGGACUUUGGUGCCAAAGGUGAUGGUGUCACGGAUGAUACCGCUGCAAUCCAAUCUGCCAUUGCAACAGGUCCUCGUUGCGGCCAGGGGUGCCUUGGAGACACCACCAUGCCGGCACUGGUGUACUUCCCGCCCGGAACAUACAUCAUCUCGGCUCCGAUCUUCGACUAUUACCUGACGCAUAUUAUCGGAGACGCCAACGAUCUCCCCGUUAUCAAGGGCUCUGCCAAUUUCCAGGGCGGGUAUUUGAUUGACUCCAACCCCUACUUUACGUCUGACCUGAAUUGGAUCUCGACUACCGUGUUCUUCAGAACAAUUCGUAACCUGGUUCUGGAUACUACAGACAUCCCUGCGGGGAAUGAAGUGAGCGGUAUCCAUUGGCCCACCGCACAGGCAACAAGUCUCCAAAACAUGGUUUUUGAGAUGAGUGAUGCGCCGAACAAUAGGCACCAGGGUGUUUUCUGUGAAAGUGGCUCGGGCGGUUUCAUGGCAGACCUUGUGUUCAAUGGCGGAAACAUUGGCGCCGCGCUGGGCAACCAGCAGUUUACACUGCGGAACUUGACCUUUAACAAUGCUGCCACUGCCAUCAGCCACUUCUGGGACUGGGGCUGGACCUAUAAGAACAUCAACAUCAACGACUGCGAGGUUGGAAUUGACAUCACCGAAGGAGGCCAUGAUCAACAGGCGGUCGGUUCAAUCGUUGUUUUGGACAGUUCAUUCACCAACGUCCAGGUGGGGAUACAAACGGUCCGCGAUUCUACCUCGCAGCCAGCUACUGCGGGGAGCGUCAUUCUUGAGAAUAUCGAUAUUCAGAAUGUGCCCGUUGUUGUUGGACGUAAUGGAACGACCCUCCUUCAGGGUUCCAACUCUGUCAUCGAGGCUUGGGGCCAAGGCCACAGUUACCUUCCUGAUGGGCCCACAAGCUUUGCGGACACGUUUACUGCCAACGCCAGGCCCGCCAGUCUCGUCCAGGGAAACAGAUACUAUGAGCAGUCUCGCCCGACAUAUCAAUCCGAGAGCGCAUCCUCGUUCCUGAGUGUCCGAGCAAGCGGUGCAACCGGAGAUGGCCAAACGGACGAUACAGCAGCGUUGCAGGCAGCAAUCAACGAAGCCGCGGCGUCUAACAAGAUCCUCUACGUCGACGCAGGCAUGUACGUUGUCACCGAGACGCUGAAAAUCCCCGCGGGCUCUCGAAUCAUCGGUGAAGCACUCCCAGUCAUCAUUUCCAGCGGCGACUUCUUCAACGACAUGGAGAAUCCGCAACCAGUGGUGCAGGUAGGCGAAGUCGGCGACACGGGGAGGAUCGAGUGGUCUGAUAUGAUCCUCAGCACGCGCGGACCGCAAGCCGGCGCCAUUCUCGUUCAGUGGAACCUUGCGUCCCCAGCUGACGAGCCCUCGGGCAUGUGGGAGGUCCAUAUUCGGAUUGGAGGAUUCACGGGUUCUCUUCAGCAGACUGAGCAGUGUCUCGUGUCGAGGGAUACCCCAAUCCCCCCCAACCAGCCUAGGACGCAGUGCAUUGUCGCGUAUAUGCUGAUGCAUAUUACCGAAGGGGCCUCCGGGAUCUAUAUGGAGAACACUUGGCUUUGGGUGGCUGAUCAUGAUAUUGACGGCGAUGGCCAGAUUACGAUUUACAGCGGUCGUGGGUUGCUCGUUGAGAGUGCCGAGGGAAACAUCUGGCUGUCCGGCACAUCGGUCGAGCACAACGUGCUGUACGAAUACCAAUUCGUCAACACGCAAAAGAUCUACAUGGGCCAAAUCCAGACGGAAACCGCAUACUAUCAGCCCAACCCGGACGCUACCCUGCCCUUCCCACCUGUCGAAUCUCUUCACGACCCUGACUUCGCAGAAUCCUGCGCAGGCAAGGAAGGUCGCUGUGCUGAUGGAUGGGGUCUUCGCGUUGUAGACUCGAAGGAUAUCCUUGUCUACGGUGCUGGUCUUUACUCCUUUUUCAUUAACAAUGAUGCGACAUGCGCACCCCCGUCGUCACCAGAAACCUGCCAGAACUCGAUCCUCAGCAUCGAAGGAGACUCGUCCAUCUCCAUUUACAAUCUGAACACCGUCGGCGUCACGAGCAUGGUCGACAUUGACGGCCAGAGUGUUGCCAAUUUCGCGGAUAAUGCGAAUGUUUAUAAUGAGAAUAUUGCUCUGUUCCGGAAUACGUGA